UUUUUUGUUUAAAAAAUUAAAGAAAUUUAUAAAAAUGUUUUAUUUUUAUCCACACUGACUUUAUUUUCGGAUAAUAGACUCAUAAUAAUAACAAAUAAUUUAUCAGAAGUUAUACUAGAAGUAACAAUUAAGAUAGUACUGAUGAAAUUAAUGUCAAUACGUCUAACUUACAAUACUGACAAAAUAAAUAUCAAAUGCGUCAAAUUUGACGGUAUUGAUAAAAUAAAUAUUAGAUGCGUUUAAUUUAACGGUACUAAUAAAAUGAAAGUCAGAUGCGUUUAAUUUGACGGUACUGAUAAAAUGAAUGUUGGAUGCGUCUUAUUUGAUGGUACUGACAAAAUAAGUAUCAAAUGCGUCCAAUUUGACGGUAUUGAAAACAUAAAGUUGCGAUGUGUCAAAAUGAUGAUACUGACAUAAUAAUUGUAUGAAACAUCAACUUCAAUAAUAAUGUAUGCGUCAAUUCUGACGAUAUUGUUAAAUACGUAAUGCGAAAAAACAUUUGUUAUUAUUAUGAAUUUUACUUACUGCAUUAAACAGUCAACUUAGUAAAAUAAUAAGUUUUUAAUUAGAUGAUAAUGAAGAAGCAAUGAACUGUAAUUUUUUUGAAAUUAUAAAUUUUGUAACAUUAUUAACAUUUACAUACACACACGCACACACACACACAAACACAAUGUAAAAUUAUAUUUUUUAAUUAUGCUAAUAUUUUAUAAAUAGCUUUAAUUGUUAUGUUGUAAAUAUAUAUAAAAUAAAUAUUUUUUUUUAGACGGCAGUUAUCAAAAAAGCUGAAAGAAGAAGGUGAUGUAAAGAGAACGGACAACGAAUUUGUCAAUAGCCAGACAUCAGUGGCAUCGCUGUUGAAUAAUAACAGUAUGAUAGAUCCAGAGGAUCUUAUUCAAGAAGCAUCACUGGACGUAAGUAAAUUAGAAAGCGAAAUAUGCAUGAAAGAUAUGCAUGAAAAUGUGCAAUUUGACAAAGAUGAUGACGAUAGUCUUGUAAUCGAAAAAGGUCUGUGUAAAAAUUUUAUCCAAGAACACGAGCCUGAAAGUGAUUGCAUUGUAAAUAUGUCUCAUUUUUUGAAAGAAAUGCACAGAACAUUCGAUAACCAUGCGCGAGGAAUAGAGUGCCAAUUUAAAGAUUGGAUACUUAUAAAUUCUCGUCGCUUGGGAUUUUUAACAAAAUUUUUUUUUAAAUGUCGAAUGUGUAACUAUGAAGCCUAUUUUUGGUCGCAUCCGCAAAAAGACGACACAUUAAAUAUUAAUAGUGCUGCUGUAGCUGGAACUAUUACAACUGGAAUAGGCUUUGCCCAGUUACAAGAGCUACAUGCAGCUAUGAAUCUCUCUUGCAUGUCUGAACCAACUUAUAUAAAGUACAGAGACCAAAUAAUUGAUGAAUUUCAAAAAACGGCUAUGGAAAGUAUGAAAAAAGCCGGUGAACUUGAAAGAGCACUCGCUCUUGAAAGGAAUGACGUUAUAAACGGUAUUCCAUAUAUACCCGUUGUAGCAGACGGUUGUUGGCUGAAGAGAACUUAUGGUAGUGGUUAUAAUUCUGCUUCCGGUGUUGGAGCCAUAAUUGGUUACCACACGAAAAAGGUUCUAUUUCUUGGUGUCCGCAAUAAGUAUUGCUCAAUAUGUGAUAUGGCAGAGCGGAAAAAUAUCGAACCAAGAACGCAUAAAUGCUAUAAGAAUUUUGAUCGCAAUGCAAGUUCCACAAGAAUGGAAAGUGAUGCUAUUGCGGAAGGUUUCAAUUGUAGUCUUGAAAUGCAUAAUUUGAUUUAUAAAACGGUUAUUGCGGAUGGUGAUAGUAGCGUAUUUCAAACCAUUCUUGAUAACGCACCAUACAGUAAACAGAUGGUGACAGUAAAAAAAAUAGAAUGCACAAAUCAUUUACUCCGUAAUUUAUGCAAAAAGUUAAAAGCUGUGUCACAAAUAACUCAGCCAAAAACGCAUAGACAGCGUGGUUUUGUACAGGUGCGAAAUAUUGUAAAAAAAAAUAUUUUAAAUAUUCGACGGGAAAUAGAAAAUGCAGUAAAAUUACGAAGAAAAGAACAAAAACCUCAACAUUGUAGAGUUAAAGAAUUACAGGAAGAUAUCUUGAACAUUCCUAGCCACGUUUUUGGCGAACAUAAGCGAUGCGAAAUACGUGGUCAAAUGUGCCAAAGAAAUAAAAAUAGAACAGAAAAAAAUUAUGUAUCAUAUUUAAAGUUAUAUGGUUUGUACCAAAAAAUAGAAAGUGCAAUUUUUUAUAUAAGCGGUUAUUCUGACAGCUUAUUAUUACACUUGACCAAUAAUCCUGCAGAAGCGUUUAACUCAAUAGUCUGUAAAAUGAUUGGUGGAAAGCGGAUUCACUUUGGAAAACGAGGUUCUUUUGAUGCUAGAUCUGCGGGAGCAGCUGUACAAUAUAAUUCACAAGAAAUCCUUACAGAAUUACAUCGAAGUAUGAAUAAGAAUGUUCCACCUGUUAUCGAGAAUCUGGAGAAACAGCGACAAAAAAAAAUUGCGAGAACCAGAGAAUCUCGAGAAGCACAGGGAAGGCAAAAAAAAUUUAAAAGAGAACCAGGAACAGAUAGUCAUUACGGUCCGCAAUCACGAAAACCAGAUCUUCCACCUGAAACAUUCGAGCAACUUCGUCAACACCAUUUAGAAGAGUUGUUCAAAAACGCUAAAAACUGGCAAAAAAUUGAAUCUGAUACCAGACAACAAAGUAAAUCACAAUUAUGGUUAUCAUUGAGACGAAAAAUGUUAACGUCAUCUAAUUUUGGAAGUGUAUGUCGCAUGAGACAGACAACAUCUUGUGCAGGGACAGUAAAAGCUAUUUUAUAUCCUCCGUUCAUUGAUACCGCAGCCGUAAAAUAUGGUUGCGACAUGGAGGAAAUUGCGAAAAAAGAAUUGGCAACAAAAUUAAACAAAUUAGUGAAACCUUGCGGAUUAUUCAUAGAUACUGAAAAUCCAUGCUUGGGUACUACACCUGAUGGACUUCUUGAUGAAAACGGUCUAAUAGAAAUCAAGUGCCCCUUAUCAGCUGAAAAUUUAACAGCAGAAGAAGCAAUAAAAACAAUACCUUUUUUGAAAGGCAUUUUUGAUAAAAAGAAUCCAGAUAAAAUGAAUAAGAAUCAUCGAUUCUUUUAUCAAAUUCAAGGGCAAUUAAAUAUAACGCGACGAGAGUAUUGCGUUUUUGCUCUAUGGACACCAAAAAGCAUGAAAAUGAUUUAUAUAAAUAGGGAUGAUGCUUUUUGGAAAAAUCAAAUGCUGCCAUUCUUAACACGCUUCUAUGAUGAAUGCAUGAUUCCGGAAAUCUUGGAUAGUCGCCAUAACAGACAUAUGCCGAUUAGAGAUCCUGGAUAUAUCAUAGAAGCAAAGAGAGAAGCAGCUAAAAAAGAAAAUAUUCGAAAAAGUUUUCGGCAAAGUACAUUACAUGAAAAUGUUGCUAAUAAGGAACAAGAAACAUUAGAUAUUUUAUGUACAAAAACAGAAAUUACCACUGCUAUGGAGCAAGAUGAUGAUUGCACGUACAUUGGUACAAGUCCUAAGGAUGUAACCAAAGAAGACAAAACAUUAGAUAUUUCAUGUACAAAAGCAGAAAUUGCUGCGCUUGCUCGAGAUAUGGAGCAGGAUGAUGAUUGCACGUACAUUGGUACAAGUCAUAAGGAUGUAACCGAAGAAGACAAAGCAAGACGACAAAUAAAUUUAGAUGAAGUUGUCAUACCAGUUUCUUUGGUGAGAGAAAAUGUCUUGUCUGAUAAUAUGUUAAAUGAUGAGUCGUUAGAUUCAUUUUUACGCGUCAUAAGAGAAACGACUCAAUUUCAAACGCAAAGUGUGCAAUAUCAAGGAUGUCUUGAUUAUAUUGACGCUAGUCAAAGUAACAAAAGCGUACAGAUAAUUGGAGGAAAAAGUCUAUGGACUGGAGACGGAAUUGCACAUUGGCGAUGUAUAUUUUAUGAUGGCACCAAACUUUACGUAUAUGAUAGUAUACCUAAUUGUAAAUACGAUAAGUUGGCAGCUAAAGAGAAAAAUUAUAUACAUCUGCGAUAUCCAAAAAUAAAGCUGAGUGAUAUUAUUUUUGAAAAAGUUGAUACGCAGCCUGAUUCUACAAGUUGUGGAAUUUACUCAGCAGCAUUUGCUACAACUAUAGCCUUAGGUGGCAAUCCGUGUAAUGUAAAAUAUUCCAGAAACAUGAAAAGCAUGAGACAGCACUUUAUGAAAAUUAUAGAAAGUAAUAAACUGCUGACAUUUCCAGAAAGAUAAAAAUAUAUCUUAUUAAAAUUUAAAAAAUACGAUAUUGUAAAAAUAUCACUAAGAUAAAACAUGUUUCAUAAAUUAAACUUUUGUUCAGACGGUACUAGUAAAUUAAAAGCUAGCAGCGUCUAUUUAAACAGUACUUUUAAAACAGUAAUUGUAAUAAGAAUCAGAAGCUUCUGUUUAGACGGUAUUGGCGAAAUAAAUGCUAAAAGCGUCGUUUUAAAAAGCAAUGAUUAUAUUUAAAAUCAGAAGCGUAUCUUGAAACGAUACUGAUUCUUACAAUUAUUUAAAACGGAGAGACGAAAAAAUUUUAUUGGUUGCGUCUCACAAGAAUGGGCGUUGGAAGGGCCCAUUCUAUACAAA